AUGUUAGUGAGGGUGACAUGCCUGGCAUACACUGUUCUUGCACGUGCCGGGAACACUGAACAGGAUGCAAUUCGAGCAGCUCAGCACGCUCUCCAGUGGUGUGGCCCUACAUGUGGAGACGUGGAGGAUCAGCAGGUUGUGACACCAGAAGGUCAUGUCCACGUUCGAUACCCGGCAAGACCAUGGGAAAUGCUGAGGUACCAGCUUGCUGCGGAAAUCCUUCAAGAAGGGCAGCUCACCUGGCCUGGCCUGUCCAGGAUCUGGUUUGGCCUUGAUGAUGACUGGACGACAGCUAUCUUCAAGAAGGUUCCACUCGAAGCCACAUCUGAGUGUUUUCCUGGUCACCAGUUUCUACGCAUGGCAAGUGCAGCUUACAAUUUCGGCAUUCCCAGCGCCGAAGAGCAGGAAAAAAUGAGAGCCGAUCUUGUGAAGGUUGAAACUACGGUUCUGCAAACUUCACUUUGUGGGGGUUGGCCAAUAUUCGGUUUGCUUGCUUUGCUGACUCCAAAUUCCAGUGGACAAAAGCGAGGAGUGGCUCCAUUCGAUGGAUCACCAGACAGAGAAGGAUUCCCAUUGGAGGUGCUGACCGGACCUGAGUUUCCAGAAAUUCUGAAGAACUUGAAAAACUGCACGGCGACCUCAUGUGUUCAGCUCCCUAGACUAUUGGAGGUUCAGCACAUUCAAUCCAUGGCAUUGCUUGGUCUGGGCACAUGCCCUCCUGGAUCAGUCAUGGCCUGGAUGGACAAGUUGGAACCAGUGCCUUCCAUUCCGCUUUGCGUGAGGACACAACAAGAUGUGGUGAGUGACACAAUCAAGCGCCAAGGAAAAUGGCCCGAGUGCUACGAGCUCUUCAGCAUCGUUGAGGUUGCUGGAUGGCCAGACUGCUUGGUGCUAGAUGUGGGGGCCAACUUAGGCAGCUGCAGCAUGGUUCUAGUGAGGAGCGGCUACCAGGUUAUGGCGUUCGAGCCCUUGCCAAGCACAGCGGCGUUGCUCCGUGCUUCCCUACGUUUUAAUGAGGCUUGGACAAACGACGGCAAAGGUGGGCAGCAGUUCAUGACAGAUGAAAGGAAUUCUCAGGUGGAGCAACCGAGUAACCAAACAAGCAUAGACCUUGGACCUCGGCAUCUCGUGCAACAGUUGCGCUAG